AUGCCUAUCGGUCCCCGUGGUCUUCUAGGGUCUUCAGAGGGUGGCGGUCAUCUGGAUACCUGCUUUCCUGAAGCGGAGGAAGGUGGCCGGGGCCCUUCUCACCGGGGUCAGUGUUGGGGCAGCAGCAGGAAGGGGCAUGAUGCAGGUGUGGAGGCUGUCAGACUUUUGUUGGAAGAUAAUGACCAAUAUGUAGGCCCAGACCUCAGACUGUACUUGCAGUUAUUGAAUAGAGUUUUGCAUAGAAACUACUUUCUGUACAACGGUACCUUUUAUCUCCAAGUUGCAGGUUGUGCGAUGGGGUCGGCGGUGGCCCCAUCGUACGCCAACGCAUUUAUGUAUGUAGUAGAAAAACAAAUGUUCUACAUGGACCCAGCAGUGACCACUAACAUGUGGUACUACAGGCGCUAUAUUGAUGACCUCUUGAUCCUUUGGCAGGGGCCCCGUGAACUGCUUGAGGUAAUUUUAGAGCAGUUCAAUGCUAGUGAUCAUCCAGUUAACUUUACAUAUGAGAUUAAUUUAGAUCACAUUAACUUCCUGGAUGUUACUAUUAAGUGCAUGGAGGGUAAGCUUACCACUUCAAUGUAUAUUAAACCCACUGACAGAAACAGCUUGCUAAAUUAUCAUAGUUUUCACCCCUUAUCCCUCCGCAGGGGACUCCCCUACUCACAGUUCCUAAGAGUCAGGCGGAUUACCUCUGACCCGGAGGAGACUGAGAUUGCACUUAAUUGCAUGUUAGAAAAGUUCAUACAGCGAGGUUACCCUUUGGGCCAAUUGGAACUAGCUAAAAGUAAAGUACUCAAAUUAUCUCGGGCCCAGACAUUGAUACCUAAAGUUAAGACUAGUGAAGGUGAUAGCUUACCUUGGGUAAGUAAAUAUACCACAGCCUCAGCCAGGGUCAUCAAAAAGGCCAAACAACUUUGGCCGAUUAUCCAAACUGAUAAGGCUUUAUCGGAUCUAGCAGGCACAAGGCUCUUGCCGAGCUUCACUCGUAGCAGCAAUAUUGGUGACAAAAUUAUGAAGUUAGACAUUUCGUAUAACACGAAGAAACAAUCCAAGCAUUUUUUGAGAGCCAAAGAUGGCUGUUACAGGUGUCUGGGUUGUGCAACAUGCAAUACCUUAGUUUCAGGCAUGACCUUUAACCAUCCGCAUUCAGCAGCAUCCAUAACAAUUGCCACUACAGAUCCCACAACUACUGCACCACCCACUACGACUGCUGCUACCGCAACUACUGCACCACUCACUAGUACUGCAGCUCCGCCUGCUACUACUGUAGCUCCCUCAACCACAGCAGCUCCCUCAACUACAUCAGUAACCACUACAACUGCAGCUCAGACUACUACUGCAGUUCAAAUUACUACUGCAGCUCCCACAACUACUGCAGCAACCACUACAGCUCCCACUACUAACACAGGUCCCACUACUACUGCAGCACCUACUACUACAGCAGCUCAGAGUACUACUGCAGCUCUGACCACUACUGCAGCAAUCACAACUGUAGCUCCCACUACAACUGCAACUCAGAUUACUACUGCAGCUCCCUCUACUACUGCUGCAACCACAACAAUUAUAGCUCCCACUACUACUGCAGCUACCACAACUAUUGCACCAACUACUACUGCAGCUCCCACUACUACUGCAGCACCCAUUACAACAACAGCUCCUACUACUACUACAGCUCCACCUACUACUGCAGCUCCCACUACUACUACAGCUCCCACUACUACUGCAGCUCCAACUACUACUACAGCUCCCAUUACUACAACAGCUCCCACUACUACUGCAGCUCCCACUACUACUGCAGCACCCAUUACAACAACAGCUCCUACUACUACUACAGCUCCCACUACUACUGCAGCUCCAACUACUACUACAGCUCCCACUACUACUGCAGCUCCAACUACUACUGCAGCUCCCACUACUACUGCAGCACCCAUUACAACAACAGCUCCUACUACUACUACAGCUCCCACUACUACUGCAGCUCCAACUACUACUACAGCUCCCACUACUACUGCAGCACCCAUUACAACAACAGCUCCUACUACUACUACAGCUCCCACUACUACUGCAGCUCCAACUACUACUACAGCUCCCACUACUACUGCAGCUCCAACUACUACUGGAACAACAACAACAACUAUUGCAACAAAUACUACUAUAGCUUCCACUACUACAGCAGCUCCCACUACUACUGUAGCAACCACAACUAUAGCUUCCACUACUUCUGCAGCUCAGACAACUACUACAGCUCCCACUACUUCUGCAGCUCAGACAACUACUGCAGCUCCCACUACUACAACAGCUACCACUACUACUGCAGCUCCCACUACUUCUGCAGCUCAGACAACUACUACAGCUCCCACUACUUCUGCAGCUCAAACAACUACUGCAGCUACCACUACUACUGCAGCUCCCACUACUACUGGAACAACUACAACUAUUACAACUACUACAGCUCCCACUACUACCACAGCUCCCACUACUACUGCAGCACCCACUACUACAACAUCUCCCACUACUACUGCAGCAAUAACAACAACAACUAUAGCUCCAACUACUACUGGAACAACUACAACUUUUGCAUCAACUACUACUGCAGCACCCGCUAAUACAACAGCUCCCACUACUACAGCAGCACCCACUACUACUGCAGUUCCCACUACUACAACAGCUCCCACUACUACAACAGCUCCCACUACUUCUGCUGCUCAGACAACUACUGCACCUCCCACUACUACUGCAGCACCCACUACUACAACAGCUCCCACUACUUCUGCUGCUCAGACAACUACUGCACCUCCCACUACUACUGCAGCACCCACUACUACAACAGCUCCCACUACUUCUGCAGCUCAGACAACUACUGCACCUCCCACUACUACUGCAGCACCCACUACUACAACAGCUCCCACUACUUCUGCAGCUCAGACAACUACUGCAGCACCCACUACUACAGCAGCACCCACUACUACAACAGCUCCCACUACUACUGGAACAACUACAACUAUUGCACUAACUACUACUGCAGCUCCCUCAACCACUGCAACAACUACUGCAGCUCCCACUACUACAACAGCUCCCACUACUACUACUGCACCCACUACUACAACAGCUCCCACUACUACUGCAGCAAUAACAACAACAACUAUAGCUCCAACUACUACUGGAACAACUACAGCUCCCUCUACUACCACAGCUCCCACUAUUACUGCUGCACCCACUACUGCAACAGCUCCCACUACUACUGCAGCAAUAACAACAACAACAACUAUAGCUCCAUCUACUACUGGAACAACCACAACUUUUGCAUCAACUACUACUGCAGCUACCACUACUACUGCAGCACCCACUACUACAACAGCUCCCACUACUACUGCAGCACCCACUACUACUGGAACAACCACAACUAUUGCACCAACUACUACUAUAGCUUCCACUACUACAGCAGCUCCCACUACUACUGUAGCAACCAUAACUAUAGCUUCCAAUACUUCUGCAGCUCAGACAACUAAUGCAGCUCCCGCUACUACUGCAGCACCCAAUACUACAACAGCUCCCACUACUUCUGCAGCUCAGACAACUACUGAAGCUCCCACUACUACUGCAGCACCCACUACUACAACAGCUCCCACUACUACUGCAGCUCCCACUACUACUGGAACAAUUACAACUAUUGCACCAACUACUAAUGCGGCUCCCUCAACUACUGCAGUUCCCACUACUACUGCAGCAAUCACAACUAUUCCUUCCACUACUUCUGCAGCUCAGACAACUACUACAGCUCCCACUACUACUGUAGCACCCACUACUACAACAGCUCCCACUACUACUGCAGCAAUAACAACUAUAGCUCCAACUACUACUGGAACAACCACAACUUUUGCAUCAACUACCACUGCAGCUCCCGCUACUACUGCAGCACCCAUUACAACAACAGCUCCUACUACUACUACAGCACCCACUACUACUGCAGCUCCAACUACUACUGGAACAACAACAACUAUUGCAACAACUUCUACUAUAGCUUCCACUACUACAGCAGCUCCCACUACUACUGUCGCUACCACAACUAUAGAUUCCACUACGUCUGCAGCUCAGACAAAUGCUGCAGCUCCCACUACUACUGCAGCACCCACUACUACAACAGCUCCCACUACUACUGCAGCUCAGACAACUACUGCAGCUCCCACUACUACUACAGCACCCACUACUACUGCAGCUCCAACUACUACUGGAACAACGACAACUAUUGCAACAACUACUACUAUAGCUUCCACUACAACAGCAGCUCCCACUACUACUGUAGCAACCACAACUAUAGAUUCCACUACUUCGGCAGCUCAGACAACUACUGCAGCUCCCUCUACUAUUGCAGCACCCACUACUACAACAGCUCCCACUACUUUUGCAGCUCAGACAACUACUGCAGCUCCCACUACUACUGCAGCACCCACUACUACUGCAGCUCCCACUACUACAACAGCUCCCACUACAACUAUUGCACCAACUACUACUGCAGCUCCCUCAACUUCUGCAGCUCCCACUACUACUGCAGCAAUCACAACUUUAGCUUCCACUACUUCUGCAGCUCAGACAACUACUACAGCUCCCACUACUUCUGCAGCUCAGACAACUACUGCAGCUCCCACUACUACUGCAGCACCAACUACUACAACAGCUACCACAACUACUGCAGCUCUCACUACUACUGGAACAACUACAACUAUUGCAAAAACUAAUACUGCAGCUCCCUCAACUACUGCAGCAAUCACAACUAUAGCUUCCACUACUUCUGCAGCUCAGACAACUACUACAGCUCCCUCUACUACCACAGCUCCCACUACUACUGCAGCACCCACUACUACAACAGCUCCCACUACUACUGCAGCACCCACUACUACUGCAGUUCCCACUACUACUGCAGCUCCAACUACUACUGGAACAACCACAACUAUAGCACCAACUACUACUACAGCUUCCACUACUACAACAGCUCCCACUAUUUUUGCAGCUAAGACAACUACUGCAGCUCCCACUACUACUGCAGCACCCACUACUACAACAGCUACCACUACUACUGCAGCUCCCACUACUACUGGAACAACUACAACUAUUGCACUAACUACUACUGCAGCUCCCUCAACUACUGCAGCUCCCACUACUACUGCAGCAAUCACAACUUUAGCUUCCACUACUUCUGCAGCUCAGACAACUACUACAGCUCCCUCUACUAGCACAGCUCUCACUACUACUGCUGCACCCACUACUACAACAGCUCCCACUACUACUGCAGCAACAACAACAACAACAACUAUAGCUCCAACUACUACUGGAACAACCACAACUUUUGCAUCAACUACUACUGCAGCUACCACUACUACUGCAGCACCCACUACUACAACAGCUCCCACUACUACUGUAGCACCCACUACUACUGCAGUUCCCACUACUACUGGAACAACCACAACUAUUGCACCAACUACUACUAUAGCUUCCACUACUACAGCAGCUCCCACUACUACUGUAGCAACCACAACUAUAGCUUCCACUACUUUUGCAGCUCAGACAACUACUGCAGCUUCCACUACUACAACAGCUCCCACUACUUCUGCAGCUCAGACAACUACUGCAGCUCCCACUACUACUGCAGCACCCACUACUACAACAGCUCCCAAUACUACAACAGCUGCCACUACUACUGCAGCUCCCACUACUACUGGAACAACUACAACUAUUGCACCAACUACUACUGCCGCUCCCUCAACUACUGCAGUUCCCACUACUACUGCAGCAAUCACAACUAUAGCUUCCACUACUUCUGCAGCUCAGGCAACUACUACAGCUCCCACUACUACUGCAGCUCCCAAUACUACUGCAGAACCCACUACUACAACAGCUCCCACUACUACUGCAGCAAUAACAACAACUAUAGCUCCAACUACUACUGGAACAACCACAACCUUUGCAUCAACUACUACUGCAGAUCCCACUACUUCUGCAGCACCCACUACUAUAACAGCUCCCACUACUACUGCAGCACCCACUACUACUGCAGCUCCAACUACUACAGGAACAACCACAACUAUUGCACCAACUACUACUAUAGCUUCCACUACUACAGCAGCUCCCACUACUACUGUAGCAAUCACAACUAUAGCUUUCUCUACUUCUGCAGCUCAGACAACUAAUGCAGCUACCACUACUUCUGCAGCUCAGACAACUACUGCAGCUCCCACUACUACUGCAGCACCCACUACUACAACAGCUCCCACUACUACAACAGCUCCCACUACUACUGGAACAACUACAACUAUUGCACCAACUACUACUGCAGCUCCCACUACUACUGCAGCACCCACUACUACAACAGCUCCCACUACUACUGCAGCUCCCUCAACUACUGCAGUUCCCAAUACUACUGCAGCAAUCACAACUACAGCUUCCACUACUUCUGCAGCUCAGACAACUACUACAGCUCCCACUACAAGUGUAGCACCCACUACUACAACAGCUCCCACUACUACUGCAGCAAUAACAACUAUAGCUCCAACUACUACUGGAACAACCACAACUUUUGCAUCAACUACCACUGCAGCACCCACUACUACAACAGCUCCCACUACUACUGCAGCACCCACUACUACUGCAGCUCCCACUACUACUGUUGCUCCAACUACUACUGGAACAACCACAACUAUUGCACCUACUACUACUAUAGCUUCCACUACUACAGCAGCUCCCACUACUACUGUAGCAACCACAACUAUAGCUUCCACUACUUCUGCAGCUCAGACAACCACUGCAGCUCCCACUACUACAACAGUUCCCACUACUUCUGCAGCUCAGACAAAUACUGUAGCUCCCACUACUACUGCAGCACCCACUACUACAACAGCUCCCACUACUACAACAGGUCCCACUACUGCUGCAGCUCCCACUACUACUGGAACAACUACAACUAUUGCACCAACUACUACUGCAGCUCCCUCAACUACUGCAGCUCCCACUACUACUGCAGCAAUCACAACUAUAGCUUCCACUACUUCUGCAGAUCAGACAACUACUGCAGCUCCCUCUACUACCACAGCUCCCACUACUACUGCAGCACCCACAACUACAACAGCUUCCACUACUACUGCAGCACCCACUACUACUGCAGCUCCAACUACUACUGGAACAACCACAACUAUUGCACCAAUUACUACUACAGCUUCCACUACUACAACAGCUCCAACUAUUUCUGCAGCUCAGACAACUACUGCAGCUCCCACUACUACUGCAGCACCCACUACUACAACAGCUACCACUACUACUGCAGCUCCCACUACUACUGGAACAACUACAACUAUUGCACUAACUACUACUGCAGCUCCCUCAACUACUGCAGCUCCCACUACUACUGCAGCAAUCACAACUUUAGCUUCCACUACUUCUGCAGCUCAGACAACUACUACAGCUCCCUCUACUACCACAGCUCUCACUACUACUGCUGCACCCACUACUUCAACAGCUCCCACUACUACUGCAGCAACAACAACAACAACUAUAGCUCCAACUACUACAGGAACAACCACAACUUUUGCAUCAACUACUUCUGCAGCUACCACUACUACUGCAGCACCCACCAAUACAACAGCUCCCACUACUACUGUAGCACCCACUACUACUGCAGUUCCCACUACUACUGGAACAACCACAACAACUACUGCAGCACCCACUACUACAACAACUCCCACUACUACUGUAGCACCCACUACUACUGCAGUUCCCACUACUACUGGAACAACCACAGCUAUUGCACCAAUUACUACUAUAGCUUCCACUACAACAACAACUACUGCAGCACCCACUACUACAACAACUCCCACUACUACUGCAGCUCCAACUACUACUGGAACAACCACAACUAUUGCUCCAACUGCUAAUAUAGCUCCUAAUACUACAGCAGCUCCCACUACUACUGUAACAACCACAACUAUAGCUCCCACUACUGCUGCAGCUCAGACAACUACUACAGCUCCCACUACUACCACAGCUCCCAUUACUAUAGCAGCUCAGAGUACUGCUGCAGCUCCCACUAGUACUGCAGUAAUCACAACUAUAGCUCCCACUACUACUGCAGCAACCACAACUAAAGCUCCCACUACUUCUGCAGCUCAGACAACUACUACAGCUCCCACUACUACCACCUCUCCCUCUACUGCUGAAGCAACUACUACUCCUACUACUGCAGCUCAGAGUACUACUGCAGCUCCCACUACUACUGCAGCAAUCACAACAUCUAUAGCUCCCACUACUACCACAGCUUCCACUACUACUGCAGCUCUGAGUACUACUGUAGCUACUACUAAUACUACUGCAGCAAUUACAACAACUAUAGCUCCCACUACUACUGCAGCAUCUACAACUAUUGCACCAACUACUACUGCACCUCCCACAACUACUGCAGCUACCACAACUCCUGCAGCAACCACAACUAUAGCUCCCACUACUUCUGCAGCAAUCACAACAACUAUAGCUCCCACUACUACUGCAGUUCCGACAACUACUACAGCUCCCACAACUACUGCAGCAACCACAACUAUAGCUUCCACUACUUCUUCAGCUCAGACUACUACACCACCACUUACUACCACAGCUCCCACUACUUCUGCAGCACCUACUACUACUACAGCAGCUCAGAGUACUACUGCAGCUCCCACAACUACUGCAGCAACCACAACUAUAGCUCCCACUACUACCACCACCACAGCUUCCACUACUACUGCAGAACCUACUACUACAGCAGCUGUGAUUAAUACUGUAGCUACAACUACUACUACUACUGCAGCAGCAGCAGCAAUCACAACUAUAGCUUCCACUACUACCACAGCAACCACAACUAUUGCACCAACUACUUCUGCACCUCCCACAACUGCUGCAGCUACCACAACUACUACCACCUCUCCCACUAGUACUGUAGCACCUACUACUACAGCAGCUCAGAGUACUACUGCAGCUCCCAUUACUACUGCAGCAUCCAUAAUUACGGCUCUCACUACUACCACAACACCUACUACUACAGCAGCUCAGAGAACUACUGCAGCUCCCACUACUACUGCAGUAAUCACAACAACUAUAGCCCCCACUACUACUGCUAUUCAGACAACUACUACAGCUCCCACUACUACCACAGCUCCCACUACAACUACAGCAGCUCUGAGUUCUACUGAAGCUCCCACUACUACUGCAUCCUCCACAUCUACAGCACCCACUACUACUGCAUCCUCCACAUCUACAGCAUCCACUAAUACUGCAUCCUCCACAUCUACAGCACCUACUAAUACUGCAUCCUCCACAUCAACAGCACCUACUACUACUGCAUCCUCCACAUCUACAGCACCCACUACUACUGCAUCCUCCACAUCUACAGUACCCACUACUACUACAUCCUUCACAUCUACAGAACCCACUACUACUGCAUCCUCCACAUCUACAACACCUACAGCUAGUGCAACUGUCACUACUACUCUACCAAUUACUACUGCAUCCUCCACAUCUACAGCACCCACUACUACUGCAUUCUCCACAUCUACAGAACCCACUACUACUACAUCCUCCACAUCUACAGCACCCACUACUACUACAUUCUCCACAUCUACAGCACCCACUACUACUGCAUCCUUCACAUCUUCAGCAACCACUACUGCUGUAUCCUCCACAUCUACAGCACCCACUACUACUGCAUUCUCUACAUCUACAACACCCACUACUACUACAUCCUCCACAUCUACAGCACCCACUACUACUGCAUCCUCCACAUCUACAGCACCCACUACUACUACAUCCACCACAUCUACAGCACCCACUACUACUGUAUCCUCCACAUCUACAGCACCCACUACUACUACAUCCUCCACAUCUACAGCAUCCACUACUACUGUAUCCUCCACAACUACAGCACCCACUACUACUACAUCCUCCACAUCUACAGCACCCACUACUACUGCAUCCUCCACAUCUACAGCACCCACUACUACUACAUCCACCACAUCUACAGCACCCACUACUACUGCAUCCUCCACAUCUACAGCACCCACUACUACUACAUCCACCACAUCUACAGCACCCACUACUACUGUAUCCUCCACAACUACAGCGCCCACUACUACUGCAUCCUCCACAUCUACAGCACCCACUACUACUACAUCCUCCACAUCUACAGCACCCACUACUACUGCAUCCUCCACAUCUACAGCACCCACUACUACUACAUCCUCCACAUCUACAGCACCCACUACUACUGCAUCCUCCACAUCUACAGCAUCCACUACUACUACAUCCACCACAUCUACAGCACCCACUACUACUGCAUCCUCCACAUCUACAGCACCCACUACUACUGCAUCCUCUACAUCUACAGCAUCCACUACUACUACAUCCACCACAUCUACAGCACCCACUACUACUGCAUCCUCCACAUCUACAGCACCUACUACUACUACAUCCUCCACAUCUACAGCACCCACUACUACUGCAUCCUCCACAUCUACAGCACCCACUACUACUGCUACAUCCUCCACAUCUACAACACCCACUACUACUGCAUCCUUCACAUCUUCAGCAACCACUACUGCUGUAUCCUCCACAUCUACAGCACCCACUACUACUGCAUUCUCUACAUCUACAACACCCACUACUACUGCAUCCUCCACAUCUACAGCACCCACUACUACUACAUCCACCACAUCUACAGCACCCACUACUACUGUAUCCUCCACAACUACAGCGCCCGCUACUACUGCAUCCUCUACAUCUACAGCAUCCACUACUACUACAUCCACCACAUCUACAGCACCCACUACUACUGCAUCCUCCACAUCUACAGCACCUACUACUACUACAUCCUCCACAUCUACAGCACCCACUAAUACUGCAUCCUCCACAUCUACAGCACCUACAGCUGUUGCAAUUUUCAUUAGUACGCUACCAAUUACUACUGCAUCCUCCACAUCUACAGCACCCACUACUACUGCAUCCUCCACAUCUACAGCACCCACUACCACUGCAUCAUCCACAUCUAUAGCACCCACUACUACUGCAUCCUCCACAUCUACAGCAUCCACUACUUCUGCAUCCUCCACAUCUACAGUACUGACUAAUACUGCAUCCUCCACAUCUACAGCACCCACUACUACUGCAUCCUCCACAUCUACAGCACCUACUACUACUGCAUACUCAACAUCUACAGCACCUACUACUACUGCAUCCUCCACAUCUACAGCACCCACUACUAUUGGAUCCUCCACAUCUACAGUAUUCACUACUACUGUAUCCUCCACACCUACAGCAACCACUACUACUGCAUCCUCCACAUCUACAGCACCCACUACUAUUGGAUCCUCCACAUCUACAGCACCCACUACUACUGUAUCCUCCACAUCUACAGCAUCCACUACUACUGCAUCCUCCACAUCUACAGCACCCACUAAUACUGCAUCCUCUACAUCUACAGCACCCACUACUACUACAUCCUCCACAUCUACAGCAUCCACUACUACUGCAUCCUCCACAUCUACAGCACCCACUACUACUGCAUCCUCCACAUCUACAGCAUCGACUACUUCUGCAUCUACUGCACCCACAACUACUAAAGCCUCCACACCUACAUCACCCACUACUACUGCUUCUUUUACAUCUACAGUACCCACUACUACUGCAUCCUCCACAUCUACAGCACCCACUACUACUGCAUCCUCCACCUCUACAGCACCCACUACUACUGCAUUCUCCACAUCUACAGCACCCACUACUCCUAAAUCCUCCACAUCUACAGAACCCAGUACUUCAACAUCCUCCACAUUUACAGCACCUACUACUACUACUACUGCAUACUCCACAUCUACAACACCCACUACUACUGCAUCCUUCACAUCUACAGCAAUAACUACUACUACUACUUCAACAUCCUCCACAUUUACAGCACCUACUACUACUACUACUGCAUACUCCACAUCUACAACACCCACUACUACUGCAUCCUUCACAUCUACAGCAAUAACUACUACUACGUCCUCCACAUCUACAGCACCCACUACUACUACAUCCUCCACAUCUACAGCACCCACUACUACUGCAUCCUCCACAUCUACAGCACCCACUACUACUGCAUCCUCCACAUCUACAGCAUCCACUACU